AAACCCGACUACUGACAGUUUGAAACUAUACCGUAAGCUUUUGCCUGCGUCAGUCACCAAUGAGCUUCGGGACCUGGCUGUUUCCUCACUUCCUCUGUCCCUUCAGGGCUUGGCUCCGAACUCCGCUGCUAUUGGGUGGCCAUCUUGGAUCUGGCUCUAACGCAAAGCGACAGGCAGAUAUGGGUGGAAGAGGAACGACCGUAAGCUCGAUUUCUCGGGGGCAUUAGCGCAUCAGACCUACAUGGCCCGAUCGCCCAGAGACUAAGAUUCAACGGAAUAAUGAAAAUCAACUUUUGGGGUUAAACUCCGAUGUCAUCUGGCUCGAUUCGGGAUUUCUGUCCGCUCCGCUUUCCGCUGACUGCGGCGGAGUUCUCGAGGCCCUGUUGGGCAAACCAGGCUUCACGGUAUUUUUCCUUCUCAACACCGGACAUCCGAUACUCAUAGUAAACGGAAACAACAGGGCAAAGUGUUGUUUUUUCUCUCAAAAUUUCAGUAAUCUGUAUUACUCAUUGGAAUAUAUUUGUUGUUUUAGUUGCUGAUAAACAGUUUGACAUGACAUUCUGUUAAAAAUCGUCGUGACCGUGGCUAGACCAGUGACAGUGUCUGAAAAUCCAAGUAAGAAGUUUUCAGCAAGUUUGAUUUCGCUGUCCAAUCAUUUUUGUCGAGAAUCCAUGAUAUUAAUAGGGAGCUAUCUACCAGGUCGCAUUUAAACAUCAUAUUGACACGAUUGGUGCAGUCAAAGUCGGAUAAUCUGAGACGAGCGAGUCUAACAAAAUGUCAACAAGAACACCACUACCCACCGUCAACGAGCGGAAGACGGAGAACCACACAUCUAACGGUCACGGCCGUGCGGAGGUGACGUCUCGGUCGGCCCGGUCCAGCGGGCGUUCGCGGUCCUCUGGGUCUGGUUCUGGUUCCGCCGCGGAGGAACAACCGCCCCACGUGGGCAACUACCGGCUCCUCAAGACCAUCGGGAAGGGCAACUUCGCCAAGGUCAAGCUGGCGCGACACAUCCUGACAGGACGCGAGGUGGCCAUUAAAAUCAUUGAUAAGACUCAACUCAACCCAACCAGCCUGCAGAAAGUAAGCACCCUUAAACUUCUGUGUGUGUUCUUCCUCACGAGUGUGUGUGUGUGUGUGUGUGUG